CCCCAUCCUUCCACCACCGGAAACGCCGCUGAAUCGCAAACUUCGCUUCUAUGUUCCCCGAGGCCAGUAUUUUGAACAGGACUUCGUCCGUGUGUUGAGUUGAGUCGUCAUGGCCGCCCGAAACUGACUAAAUUUACCCGUGCGUGGCUCUUGUUCUUGCAUUAUCAUAUAAUCCACGUUGCGUGGACGGAUUAAUUUCCAACAUUUUCCAGGAUAUUUUAAUGACAAAAAAGAAAAAUGCAACCUCCGCCAAGAAAGGUCAAGGUGACCCAGGAGCUAAAACACACCCAUGCUGAGCAGAUGAGCAGGUUACAGGUCAAACAUCAGACAGAGUGUGACCUGCUGGAGGACCUGAGGACGUUUAGUCAGAAGAAGGCAGCUGUCGAGAGAGACUAUGCCCAGGCUCUACAAAAACUGGCCAAUCAGUAUCUCAGGAGGGAGUGGCCCGACAACCUAUCAGAGGAGCCGGCAGAUCAUAGGAACAUGUACUCUGUGUGGAAAUCUUACCUGGAAGGGACAAUCCACCUGACCCAGUCUCGAAUCGGUGCCUGCGAAAACUACAAGACCCAGGUGGCCGAGCCGGCCAAGAUUGCCCGACUGCAGAAGGAACAGCAGCUCCGGAAGAGUAUUGACCAGCUAGCGGUCGUCCAAGCAGAGUUCCAGGAGUCUGUGAAGGACCUCACCAAGACCAGGAAGAAGUACCAGGAGACGGAGACUAUGGCCCAGGCCGUCAGAGAGAAGGCAGAGCUGGAAGCCAAGUCCAAACUGAGUCUGUUCCAGUCUAGGUCCAGUCUGCAGAGGGCUAGUGUGAAGCUGAAAGCCAAAAGGAGCGAGUGCAACACGAAAGCCACACAGGCCAGGAACGAAUACCUGCUAACGCUAGCUGCAGCCAACGCACACCAGGAGCGCUACUACCACAACGAUCUGAUGGACAGCAUCAAGGUUCUGGAUGGAGGUAUCUACGACCAUGUGAAGGAUUACCUGGUGUCUCUCUGCCAGUCCGAGCUGGAUGCCUUCCGAGACGCCCACAGCGCCUUUACCUCCCUCCUGGAUCGCUCCACCGGGGUGGUCCAGGAGUUCCACCAGCAGCUGUUUGUGCAGCAGAACCCAGUCUUCCACAACGCUUCAGCUCUCCUCUUCCAGCCCAGCAACACGGACUCUGUGGCCACGUUGGAGCGGGAGGGGGGCACCAGCGAGGAGCACAGCCUGGACAAGGAGGCCCGGAGGUGGGCCACCAGGGUGGCCCGCGAACACAAGAACAUCAUCCAUAGCCAAAGGGCCCUGGAGGAGUUUGGGAGUCAGGGCUCAUCAGAGCAGAACAGAGCAGAGCUGGAGAUCAAAAUAGAGGGGGCUAAGGAGACUCUACGCAGAGCAGAGACGGUGAAACUUAAAGCCGAAGCUCGUCUGGACCUGCUGAGGGAGGCCAGCUCCAGCCCCUCCAGCACUCUGAGGAACUACCCUCUCACCUGCAAAGUCCUCUACUCAUACAAGGCCUCCCAGCCCGACGAGCUGACCAUCGAGGAGCAGGAGGUCCUGGAGGUCAUCGACGAUGGAGACAUGGAGGACUGGGUGAAGGCUAAGAACCGGACCGGCCAGGUGGGCUACGUCCCGGAGAAGUACCUGCAGCUGCCCUCCUCCAACAGCCUGCUGAGCAUGCUGCAGUCGCUGGCCGCGCUGGACGCACGCUCGCACUCUUCCAACAACUCCACCGAGCCGGAGAUGGAGCUGCCGUUGGGCAUCGUCAACGGAGACUCCAGUGUGUGUUUUGCGAAGGCCCUGUAUGACUACGCGGCCCAGACGGACGAGGAGCUGUCGUUCCCGGAGGGCGCCAUCAUCCGCGUCCUGAGCAAGGAGACCCACGAGGACGAUGGCUUCUGGGAAGGCGAGCUGAACGGCGCCGUGGGCGUUUUUCCUGCCGUGCUGGUCGAGGACCUGACCUGCGGCAGCGAGAACGGAGAGGCUGGAGACGGCAGCUCACAGGCGUCCCCCUCCGCCCAGUCCCAGAGCGACCAGUCUCCCCGCAGCCCCUUCCAGCCCGGGCCCUUCCACAGCAGCCCCUGCCUGUCCAGCCCCCUCCAGCCCCCCUCCCUGGCCUCCCCGCAGUCCAGCCCCUCCAGCGCCUCCCCUUCCCCCGUCCCACGGCCCCCCGCCUACGUCAACGGCCACCACCGCCCUCCGCCCGCACCGCUUAAGAGCCCCCUGCAGAGCCCGGCGCCGAGCUCCACCCAGCCCCCCAGGUACCCCGCAGACGGGGGGACGGGCACCAUCCGACCCGUGCGUGCGGCCCCCCCCGCCCCCCAAGCAGCAGCCCCGCGGCCAGGUGAAGAGGAGGGAGGAGGUGGAGAUCACAUUGGUGUAGCCACAGCGCCGCCCUGGUGGCGAAUAUGCACCCAGAUCCCAGACCAACAGGACCUGGUGGAUCCAGGUUUCCUGGGCGCCCUCUGACGGGGGAGGAGGGGGAGGGAGGUUCUCCUCUCCAGAGCAAGGAUGCCUCGAGGACUUGACUCCCCCCCCUCCUCUCGGUUUGUCCAAGUAGGGCCCAAACAGUGCGUGUUGGGGGGGGGGGGGGGGAACGAUACAUUGUGCCUUUCUGUCUCCGUUCCUCCCUUUCUUUCUCUCUCUCUCUCUCUCUCUGUCUCUGUCUCUGUCUCUCUCUCUCUCUCUGUCUCUCUCUCUCGCGCUCUCUCUCUCUCUCUCUCUCUCUCUCUCUCUCGCGCGCUCUCUCUCUGUCUCCCUUUCUCUCUCUCUCUCUCUCUCUCUCUGUCUCCCUUUCUCUCUCUCUCUCUCUCUCUGUCUCCCUUUCUCUCUUUCUCUCUCUCUCUCUCUCUCUCUCUCUCUCUCUCUCUCUCUCUCUCUCUCUCUCUCUCUCUCUCUCUUCACUUUCAUCUUCUCUUCCCCCCCCCUUAUCCCUCUCUCUGCCUCCUAUAUCUCCCCCCUUAUCUCUCCUUUGUGCCUCUUUGCUUACAUGUGUUUGUGUUUUUUCUCUUACGGGUUUUUUUUUCCUCUUCGCGUUCACAACAGGGCAUUAUACUGCGACAGUCUGGCCUUGCUAAUAUAAAGAUGUAUUUCGGUUGGAUUACUAUGCAACAAAGAUUCAGUGGGAGGAUUGAACUCGUGUUCACAACAAUUAACAAAUCGCAGCUUUAAAUUAAGGCAGAUUUCUCGGUUUGGUUCUCGCUUGGUUGUCGUCUCCACAUUUUCAGGGAAAUUCACUUCAUGAACGAGGCUGGUUCCUCAGCUCUUGUGAAAUACUAACCUCUGGGAAACAAAAUGGAUCCAACAUUUAAUGACUGAAAGGGAAAUGAUGCAAUGUUAGCUUGGGGUUGUUAAUGUUUAGGGAAGAAAGUGUGAAUCGCAACAUGUGAGAUUUGAUGCCCAAUGGCACUUUUUUCUUCUUUUUUUUAACAUUGUAACAAAGUAACUUCUAUUGGUAAGUUUCUUUGCAUCAAAAUGUCAACAUUUCAAAAUGUCGGGGGGUGGGGAUGGGACGGGAGGGGGGAGGGGGGUUACCUGUAGUAUGUAAGAGUAUAUGUUAGAGUAUCCUUGUGUUGUUUUGUUGUACAAUAAGGAUAUAGUUAAGUUGUUAUCGAUACUAAUCUAGGCUUAACAUUAGCCGAUAAUGUUUCCUGGGUAAGGAUAGUUCUUGAGUUGGGGGGUUCAGCGGUGAAAGAGGCGUCACAUUGUGAUGCGGUGAGGGAUGAUUGUGAGCCUGCAUCUCCUAGCUGCAGCCUACCUAGUGGACUUGUGAACUGACUGAAAUACUGAAGCACUUUUGUAGUCUUUUUAUGCCCUUUUCAGUAUUGCUGGUUGGUCUCUGUUGUGGAUGCUGCUGCAUCGAUUUGUUCAUUAAUUGUUUCGAUGUUUUGUGUUCCAACUAUAUUGGUAUGCAAAGUAAUGUUCUUGUUAUUUUCCUAUGCUUCUGAACAAUUUAGCCUUAAAUAGCCAUUGUAGUGUCUUUUGUGUGACAGAUGUUCUCUUCCAUUUUGAGAACUUUGAGAUGGAGAUCUGUGUAAAAUAGGCUACAAUGUUUUAUGGAAGAGGGAGGGAUAUUGACAUUUUGUUGAAAUUUGGGUUAGAGGAAAAGCGAUAUCUCUUUAGUCAUGUUGCUGUGUUCGUGUUGAUCUUCUUGAGAUCUGAAUGUCAUCAAACUUAUUUUUGAAGUUUACAUUUACCCUGUUGUAUUGAAAGAAUACGGUUAUCACGUUCACACUCCCCCCAGCAGAGAAGCUGAUUGUCACGUUUUUGAUACUGAUUUUUUCAGUAGGCUACAUUAGGGCUGAAACUAUGUGCCGAUUUCCCAAAAGUGAAACAUCAGCAACAUUUGCCGUGCGUUGAAAUUAUAUUUCCUUGGAUGUUAAGAACUGUAUUUAUUGUGUACAAAUAAAUGUGAAAUAAAAAUUAGCUUAUCGACAUAAUAUCCUGUUUAUUUUUUAUGUAUUUUUUUUAAUCUUCCAACAGUAAGAUAUUGCCUAUUCAUUUU